AUGCCUUCCGCGACAGCUCCUGAGCGGCACCUACCCGCCAAGCAUAACCCCUUGAUGCUCGAAGAUGUGCCAUCCUACAACGACCUCGUCGCCCGCCGCCGCCUCGGCCAAACACAGCUGAAUGCCAAGAUGGUGAACCAUGCCGACGGUGAAGGUGCGGCCCUUGGUGUCUUCGACUAUGCGCAUCUCCGCGCUCCCCUGCCCAAAGGAAUCGUCUCCGGAAUCUUCAAGUCCAGCCCCAACAGCUACUUCCUCAUGCGCCGGAGCUACGACGGCUUCGUGUCCGCUACCGGCAUGUUCAAGGCCACUUUUCCCUACGCCGAGGCCUCUGAAGAAGAGGCCGAACGCAAGUAUAUCAAGUCGCUUGCCACCACCAGCCCUGAGGAGACGGCCGGCAAUGUUUGGAUCCCCCCAGAACAUGCCUUGAUUCUUGCCGAGGAGUACAGCAUCGCGCCGUGGAUCCGCGCCCUGCUUGAUCCCGCCAACAUCGCCGUCUCCAACAGUCCCGACAGCCCUCCCAAGAGGAUUACCGCACCGCCGAAAUUCGACCUGUUUAAGGUUCACCCCCAACUCGCUCCUCCUACCCCAGCAUCGCUGCCCCGCAGCACCCGAUCUCGCCGCUCAGCCAGUCCGACCAAGACAGCCGCCCCUAGACCCGUCAGAUCUCCCAGGAAGCGCAGGACCAAGGCUGACUCGGUCGAGCCCCGAGAAUCCACGCCUACCCUCACUACCGCAACCAAGCUCCAGGUGAACGGCAUCAUUGACGAGGACAGAGACGCUGAGGCGCGAGUGGAAACCGCCAUCAAGACCAUUGAGACGGAGCCCGCGGCCGCCCCGGAGCCCAAGAAGCAGGACACCAAGGCCAAGAUUUUUGUUGACCAGGACCUGAAGACUGACGAGGAUGGAAACGAGACGAAGCGCACUGCUGUGUCACUAGAACUCCCGCUGCUGAGCUCCGCCCCGCCAACUGCUGAAGAGACAGCGCGAAUGAUUGCGGAGGCCAAGCAGAUGGUCGAGGCUGCCGGGAUCAAGUCGGACGAGGGCGUGGACAGUCCUCAAGUCAAGAAGGGCAAGCGUAGCGCGGAAGAGAUCUCCAAGGGAGACGACGAAGACAAGGAACAGGACGGCGAAGUAGAUAGUGCAGAGGAGCCGCGUGCGAAAAAGGCGAAGACCGCCGAGGUACAGGUCAAGAAACUGCGUGUGCGGAAUCGGGCCCUGUUCGGCCUGAGUGCCGUGUCACUGGCUGUUGGGUAA